GAGUCGCACGUGCGAGGCUGCAGCUGCGUCCAGGAGCGGUCCAGAGGGCAGUGCACCCGGCGAGCGCAGCGCGCGACCCGACCUGACGCCAGUACCUGGCCUGGGUGGAGAGACAGCGCUAGGCGAUCCGCGCAUCAUGGUGGCUGAGACGCUGCUGAGCUCGGUGCAGUUCGCCGGCCUCAAGUCGCGCUUCAACUCGAUGUCGACCGGCUACUUCAACUACCCGCCAGGCAGUGGGCCGGCGGCGCGGCCGGCGGGCGGCGGCGCGCCUCUGGGCGGCCUGCCCGAGCCCUACCCCGUCUCGCCGCUCGAGCUGCCCACGUCGCUGCAGUGCGACAUGUUCAACCAGCGCAAGCAACGCGAGUUCAUCCCUGACAACAAGAAGGACGAGAGCUACUGGGACCGCCGGCGACGCAACAAUGAGGCGGCGAAGAGGAGCCGAGAGAAGCGCCGGCUCACCGACAUGGUGCUGGAGUCGCGCGUGUUCGAGCUCACCAAGGAGAACUACCUGAUGCGCGCCCAGCUGUCCGCCAUCCGCGACAAGUUCGGCAUCGUCGGUGAGAACCUCAUCAACCACGAGCAGGUGCUGGCGCAGCUGCCAGCUAUGGACCAGAUCCUCAACUUCACCAAGCGGCACAAGCCGAUGGCCGGCGCGCACAUGCUGCCGCUAGCCGCCGGCGGCGUGACGUUCCCCGUGAGCGCGGCGCCGCCGCCCCCACCACCGCCGCCGCCGCCGCCGGCCGGUGCCGCGCCCGCGUACCGGCAGACGUCGCCGCCGCCGCCGCCGCCGCCCGCCGGCCUCCUGUUCCGGCAGCAGUCACUGCGCGAGGUGCGCAUGUCGGAGGAGGAAGAGGCACGCGACUACUCGCGGCCGCGCUCGGCCGAGCCGCAGCGCGCGCCGCCGCCACCGCUGCACCCCCUGGCGGCCGUUAACCUGAGCAAGCCGGCGGCGCGGCCGGCAGCCUCGCCGGAGGCCUCGGCGCUGCCGCUCAAGCUGCGCCACAAGACGCUGAUGUGCGAGCGCGAGACGGCCGCCGCCAACCUGCUGGUGCUCAACCAGUUGAAGGAGGAGCCGCAGGACUCGCCCGGCUCGGACGCCUCGUCGGGGGACGAGCGCGACUCGGGCCUCUCGGACCGGUCGGCUUCGAGCGAUGGCGCUGACGAGCCGUCGCGCAAGCGGCCGCGCUCAGGAUGCCGGCGGCUCGCCGCCCCCGUCCGCCCCCACCCCCGCCGCCGCCUCCGCCUCCGUCCCCGCCGGCCCGGCCAACGGACAGAUCCGCAGCGAGCUGGAGCGGCUGGCGAAGGAGGUAGCGUCGCUGAAGUGUCUGCUGAACCACCGGGAGACCAGCCCGCCGCCCGGUGAGGGCGAGGCCAGUGCCUGAGCGUUUGGCGCUGGUGCUCUUCCCCGGCCCGUCCCCGCCUCGUUUCUUUGUGAACGUCCUACCCGCGUGACGUGCGAUACGGAUGUGGAUGCUGAUGCUGUUCACACAGCAGCGCGUAUGCUCAGAGCAGGCUGCUUCUGCUUUAACGGACGUCGUCAUCAUCCCGUCUGCCUGCGAUGACGUUGUCACAUUCCUCCCUCUGCCGGUGCCGAAACGUCACGCAAGAUGACGGCCAUGUGGCGCAGACCAACUGCAUCCCCACCAAGCAGUUUGUCGCUAGCCUGAAGCGUUCGUUGAUCAGCCGGAACCGGCUGUUUCAUUGCUCUGGCGCGUGAUGAUCGGCAGCGGCGCCCUCCAUUGAGAGGAAGGGGCCUGUGGCUCGGCUGGUGCUAUUUCUCCCCUAUCCGAGUGUGUUGUGCGGCAGAAAUGCUUUGAUGUGUUGUUAAAUUUUACCGAGUGUCAACGGCGCGUACUGUUCCUGCGACAACCUGCGUGAUACGGAAAACUUGGUCGGCUGAUCCUCAUGGCGCAUGUAUCUUUACAAGUUCAAAUACCCGGUGAAGUGAGGUUCUUUGUUAAUCGGUAUGACUUCUGACGCAGAUGCUAUUUGUGUUGUAUUUUUUGUUUUGCGCCAGAGGCGUUUGUUGGUGUAUAGGUCGUGCCAUGCGUUGGCAGGAUACGAAUUUAUUUGUUUUGUACUGAGUGUUGUAGAUAUUUAUUCAUUACACAACAGAUGUGAAAACAGUCUUUUACGAGAGGAAACGUCUGGUAUUGGCUUGAACAAGAGUGAACGAAAACAAAACGAACAGAAGCCAACGGUAGAUGUCUCGCUUGCCAUGCUGCCAAUGGUAGUCGCGGCCCAGACACGGAACACAGAGCAGUCCAACCCGCCAGAACCACUUCUUUAUGACUUGGCCCAGCAGCUUGCAGAGAGGAAAGAGAUUUGGAGCACUGACAGAAGUCAGGAGGCAGUGAACUUAGCCCGUAAACCGAAUCCCAGCACGAAACAUUAGCGUGAAAAUCGCGUGAGUUUGAGAUUGCCAGGCUUACAGGGAUUCGAAGGAUUGUUUUGUGAUUCUUGCCUGCCGCCUGACUGCUGCACCUAGAGCACACCCAUCUUUUGACACCCAUAAUGCUAAAAUUAACAUACUUGGUCGUCGUGUGAAUGCAAGUCUUGAUACCAGGAA